GGAGACCUUUUGGAGGAACGGUUUCCGCGCUUUCUCUCCUCUCCUAAUCGUGCAAACAAAGCCGCUCAUUGCGGACGGCUAGUGACGCGGUGACGUCUGAUGUCCCAGCAAAUGGCAUUAUCUACUACGGUGCUGAAAAGAUACUCCCAACGUCCCAGCGGCGGCACGGCUAACAUAGGCUUGGUUUGCACUCUGCUGUGGACACCCUAAGCAGGAGUGAUGCCUCCAGGCAGGUGGUAUACUGUCCAUCCAGCACAGGCCCAGGCUUCAAGGGAGCGAGAACGCCUUCAGCUGGUGAAGAAGGAAGAAGAGGAUGAAGGCUACCCUGCAGUGCAGGCUCCUAGGCCCCAGACACUCAACCUUCCUGGCCAGGAGCUGUUCCGCCAGCUCUUCAGACAGCUUCGCUACCACGAGUCUUCUGGGCCCCUUGAGACUCUGAGCCGGCUCCGGGAGCUCUGCCGCUGGUGGCUGAGGCCCGACGUUCUCUCCAAGGCCCAGAUCCUGGAGCUGCUGGUGCUGGAGCAGUUCCUGAGCAUCCUGCCCAGUGAGCUCCGCACCUGGGUGCAGCUGCACCACCCUGAGAGUGGCGGGAAGGCUGCGGCCCUGCUGGAAGAGCUGCAGAGGGACUUCAAUGGGACACCAUGGACGAGCCUCAGUUUAUUGAAAAGAAAAUGCAAAACUGAUCUAACAGUGAGAAGCUGCUCGGACCCAGCCCCUGCCCAGAGCCCAGAUGUACAAUGGAUGGGUACAGGAGCCCUGCGAGCCGCACAGAAAUGGCCCUCUGCUUCACCUCCCAGGAGCGACUCUGCUCUGGGGGACCACCUGGAGUCUCCCUAUGAAACAGGAGUGCGUGACUUCCUGGCUGGGCAAUCCGAUCCUCCUGCUGCCCAGAUGCCUGCCCUUCCCCAGGAAGAGGGCUGCCCUGGAGAUGGGGCGACAGCCCAGCCUCAGGAGGCUCUGACCUUCAAGGACGUGGAGGUGACCUUCUCCCAGGAUGAGUGGGCCUGGCUGAACCCUGCUCAGCGAAACCUCUACAGGGAUGUGAUGCUGGAGAACUAUGGGAGCUUGGCUUCUCUCGUGGGGCCACUCGCCAAACCUGCUCUGAUAUCUUGGUUGGAGGCAAGGGAGCCGUGGGGCCUGAACGUCCAGAGAGCCCAGCCUAAGGCGAAGCCAGGUGCUGCCCCGGCAGGAGGCGAGCUCCAGAUUAAAUCAAGCAAGCUCAUCCUAAACCCCAAACCUUUGGAAGACGCACAGGCCUUAGCUGUGUCGUCAGGAUGUCGUGUGAUGAGCGUUUCUGAGGAAACAGGGCCCAGAGAACCUGUGGAACAGAAGAGCCCGUCACAGGAGGGAAGUGGCAGUCCCACACACGCGAGUGCUAAGAGAAAAGAGGCCAGUUUCAGUCACCGGACAGGAAAGGAACCGGAAGACUCGGGAGGCGGUAGUAGUGUCAGUCUCAGACACGUAUAUUUUCGAGUUCCCAGAAGAAAAAGGAAGCAUGGCUGCGGCCGACACUUCAGAGGGAGCUCAUACCACUAUGACUACAAGGAGUACGGGAAAGGCCUCAGGCUCAUGAUCAGUGGGUUCAACCUACAUCAGAGAAUUCACGCUGGCCUGAAAGCCCCCUCGAAGGAUGCGCACGGGAAGGACUUCAGCCUCGGCUCGCAUCACCAGCGCAGUCUUCACGUGGUGGGGACUUUCUAUAAGUGCGCCGACUGUGGGAGGAACUUCAGCCGUAGCUCCUACCUCGAAUACCAUCAGAGACUCCACACUCAGGAGAAGCCGUUUAAAUGCCGAGUGUGUGGGAGAGCCUUCAGGUGGAGCUCCAACCGCGCGCGACACGAGAGAAUUCACACUGGACUGAAACCUUAUAAAUGCGAUUUAUGCGGCAAAGCUUUCCAGCGCCUGUACGCCUACCACCUGCACCAGGAGUCCCACGCCAACCAGCUGUAUCUCAAAACGAGGCGGUGCCAGGAAGCGCUCGCCUAUGGCCCCCCGUUGGAUCAUCAUUUGCAAGACCAAAGCGGGGAGAAGCUCUUUGACUGCAGCCAGUGCAGGAAAUCCUUCCACUGUAAAUCGUACAUCCUCCAGCAUCAAAGGAUCCACACCCAGGAGAAGCCCUUUAAAUGUACCAAAUGCAGGAAAACCUUUCGGUGGAGGUCCAACUUCUCUCGGCACCAAAGAAUGCACCAGGAAGAAAAGUUCUAUAACCCAGACAGGGGCAGCGAAGACUGGAGGGAGGCCCCCGGCUGCAGUCAGCCCCAGAGCGAACCCCCCGCGGAGGAAGCUUUCCCGUGCCCGCAGUGUGGGCAGACUUUUCCCGGGAGGAAAGCGCUCCUUAACCAUCAGAGGACCCACACAGGCCAGGAACCAUACGGCUGCGGCGAACGUGCGAAGGAGUUGACGCACAGGUCGAAAUUGAUCGUUCGUAGGAAGCAGCAUGCCCUCAACAGAAGCCCCGAUGACCGGCCCUCCCUCAGCCAGGACGGAGCGCUCCCGGUCCCUCCGAGCAGCCCGGCCCCGGAGAAGCCCUUCACAUGCAGCCAGUGCGGGAAAGGCUUCCAGAACCACUCCUUCCUCCUCAUCCACCAGCGGGUUCACACCAGAGAGAAGCCGUAUCAGUGCAGGGAUUGCGGCAAAGCUUUCCGGUGGAGUUCCAACCUCUCGCGACACCAGAGGAGCCACUUUCUGGGAAAACGGCUGCUCCUGUACCGAGAGAGCGGGGACACUGCAGACGCGCAGCCACAAAGCCUGGAGGACGAGAAGAAAGCUUUCUGGUGCCAAGAAUGUGGGAAGAGCUUUACGCGUAAAAGGACCCUCUUAGAUCAUAAGGGGAUCCACAGUGGAGAGAAGCGCUACAAAUGUAACCUCUGCGAGAAAUCUUACGAUCGAAAGUACCGCCUGGUGAAUCACCAGAGAACCCACACGAAAGAGAAGCCUUUCAGAUGUCAGUGGUGUGGGAAAGACUUCAUCGCAAAGCACACCCUCUGCAUCCACCAGAGGAAGCACGCCCGCCUGGCGCCGUUGGAAAGCAGCCUGGCCGGCCCGUCUUCCUCUCAGGACAGAGGGGCGGGUUUGCAGGAGUUAAAACGGAGCGGGGAGAAGCCCGUGGAGGGCCGUGAGCAGGGCUCCGGGCCCAGCGGCCCUCAGGACUUACCCGUGGCGAAAAAGUGUCACAAGUGUAGCACGUGUGGGAAAGCGUUCAGCAAGACCUCCCAGCUCAUCAGCCACAGGAGAUUCCACACUCGCGAGAGGCCCUUCAAGUGCACCAAGUGUGGGAAGACCUUCCGCUGGGCUUCCAACCUGGCUCGGCACAUGAAAGGGCACCUUGGUGAUUAGCGUGGGGCCUGACGGAGGGAAGAGGCGGUUCCUGGAGGACCUCAGAGGGAGGCGCUUCGGGAAAGUGUUCCCAGAGGGCCCAGCCCUCUUUAUUUUGGAAGCUGGUCGCAGAGAAUCCCGAGGAUUCAAACGCUCAGAUGCCCCUCGUUUUACCUGCUGGGGAAUGAGAUGCUCUUUGGGGACCUUCCGGAGACUCGGGCCCUCAGGAGUGGCCUUUGUGCCAUGGCCUGGAGCUCCCCAGCCAGGUCUGCUUCCCUAACUAAAGGGAGAUGCAGGCCAGUGCCCUUCUGGGUUGGCGAGGUGGGCCAUGGCUGCUGGGAAGGGGCCCGCCAGACCUGAGGUUUUCCUCGGAGUUUGAUCUGUUCUGGUUCCUAUUCUGUUUGACCUUAAAGCAACAGCAGCUGCAGGAACUCCUCCGAGUCGCCCCAUAUACCUCUUGGGGAGCUCUGGCUGCGGCUUCAGCCUUCACAACUGGCUUGGAUCUCUGCUGUGGGCACCAAGUGGAGGAGAGCAGGUGUGUCGGGUCCCUCACUAGAGCGUGGAGCGCUCCCAUCCCAUCCCCGUCCCCAUCCCCAUCCCCAUCCCCAGGUGUGCAGCUCUGUCUGUUAAACAGAAAUGUGUUGAGCUCCUCCCACGUGCCAGAGACACAGCAGUGACCCGAACAGUGCCGUCUUGGAUCUUUACAGAUAAACAUACGAGAUCCAUAAACAUUUGGGUUGGUGUGUGUGUUGUGGGCAACAUGCAUCGGAGAAGAGUCAGAGGGCAUGCUGGAUUGGGAGGUGGGUUGUGGUUUUAAACAGGCUGGUCAUGAAGGGCCUCAGCUGAGAAGGUGACAUUUGAGCAAAGACCUGAAGGAGUCAGGGAGUAGGCCCUGGCGGUCUCUAGAGCCACGCACAGGAGGUGGGCUCCUGUCUGGUGUCUCAGGGAGUGACAGGGGGCCUCUGGGCUGGAGUGGAGUGAGCCAGUGGAAGAGAGGGGGCCAGAGAGGCGGUAGGCAAGCCACGGGGCAUCGGGGGCCUCACUGGGCCUGGACGAUAUAAAAAUAUAUAUAUAUUUAUUGAUUUUAGAGAGAGAGGAAGGGAGAGGGAGAGAGAGAGAGA